UUCUCGCAUGAUUCCUGCUCUCUGUCAUUUGAUGUCUAAUCGUCUAUGUUCGCAAGUCGAUUUUGCCAAAAUUGACUCGCUCUUCGCUGGUUUUUUGUCCGUUUGCUCGUGAUUAAUUUAAUUUUUUUAUCUGAAGUGUUUAGUGAAGUGCUUGAAAAUAAUUUCCAGCUGUUAUCGUCUAAUAUCUGGAAGAUUGGAUAAUCUCAAAUGUGUGGAAGUGCCAUAUUCAGAAAAUAGGGAUCACAUUUCCAUAAUUUUGGGCGUCUUUUUGGCCAGUGGUGUGGCGAAAAUUUGCGAAAAAUCGUUUUUUUGCGUGACCUGUUUUAAGAUCAAAGCGAAAAUGAAGAUUUAUAAACUUUUAAUAUUAAACCAGUUGAUUAGAAGCUCCAAGACUGAAAUUGAAUUUAAUUUUCAAUUAUAAAUUGUAAUAAAAUACGUUUAAUAGUAAAAAGUGAGGUUAAAAACGAUCAGACAUUCGUGGAAUUUGUGACGGAUAUUUGUUCUUUGUAGUGAUAAUUAAAUCAUAAAGUGACUAAGCCAGUAAUUAAGAAAGAAGUGCAAAUAUUCGAACAUUUGGGAAAAACACUAUAAUUAGUAUUCUAAACAGAAUUCAGCUCUUCAAUAUUUUUAUUGAAUUGAUGUGUCUUUAUAAGUCUAUAUCUAUUAUGUAUUCUAGUGACUUUAAUAGAUACAUUAAGGUUGUUUGCGGAAAAUACUUGGAUAGGAUUUGCGAAAUAUCCGCAAAUAAGAUGCAUCAGAUCGAAUGCUCCUUCUUUUCUACUGAGGCCGCAUACAGAGCAAAGAACGAUCCUGGGGAUUGACAGAGGCUCUUCCAGGCAUCUUAUUAUGGUUAUUUGACAUUUAUUUGAUGUCUUCUAUGUAUCUGAUGAUUUUUUUCAUGGUUUUCCAUACAUGUUUUAACCUGAUCCACGUUGAUGUUUUUAUGUUCAAAUCGAAGUUAGUUCAUAAAAGAUGUGGUUAAGAGUGCGUCGAAAAGAAUAAGCACAGGCUGUCCCAACUUAAGCACUACGAGGUGUCUCUCAGAAGGGGGCUGGUUACAUUGGAGGACUUUUAGCUAGAACUUGCGUGAAAGCUCGUUUCAACAAGAACAAUAAUUGACUUUUUUAGAUGGGAAAGUUGUUUUUCGAUUAAAAUUUUAAUUAACUAAACAAAUAAGCGCAAAAUUAAAGUAAAAGGUGUCGGGUUAGUUGUUUAGAUUUAUUUGUGUUUAUUCUAUGUUAAAUUGGUGUUUAAAGCUAAUCACUCAGCAGUAAUAGACAAUUUUAUGAUGGGGAGUGAUAAUUUUCUUAUGAAGUUGUUUGGGCAAAGGGAAGUCAGAAAUAUGAAGACCAUGGAACAAAUAGAGGAGUUAUUGGGAGGUUCACAUUCCCAUGAACAGAAGAUGUUCAUCAACAAGGAUCAAGAUGAUCAGAUGGAAAUACAUUACUACCGAACCAGUAGGGCAAAGACGGCCCUUACUUAUCUAGGAUUUGUGUUAACUUGCGGUCUGCUGAGGCUGUUUUAUCAUUGGGUUCCGAGAUUGUAUUUGUUUUCUACUAGUGUCAAUUGCAAGAUCAAUCAGGCUGAAAAAAUACUUGUAGUGGAGUUGUAUAAUGGUAAACAUAAAAUUUACCAUAUCAAACAACUGAAAAUCAUCACGUCAGAAUCAAUUGAAAAAUCCAAGCACAAGGAUGACACAGUUUUAAACAUUGAAGAAGUUCCUGCUUGCCCAUCUUUGUCCAUUCAUUUUGAAAAGGGAGAAUUCCGGAAUAUUGACAAAUUAUUAAUGUUCACUGUGAAGAAAGUGCACUAUAUAUACGAGAGCAACAAGCAAGAAUUUGUUAAGUUGGCAGGCUUGGAUGGUGGAGUUCCUUGUGAUGUUUUCCAUAAAUAUCUUCCUUUAACGUCAAAUGAAAAUUUUGUAAGGAGAUAUGUAUAUGGUCCAAACGUGAUUGCAGUAAAAGUUUCUUCAAUUCUAACGCUUUUAUUUUUGGAAGUUCUAAAUCCUUUCUAUAUUUUUCAAUUGUUCAGCUUUAUAUUGUGGUUCUGUGACGAGUACUACUACUAUGCUGCAGCUAUCAUGUUCAUGUCAGUGUUUGGUAUUGCUUUAACUGUGAGACAGACUAGACAAAAUGAAAGGAAUUUGAAGAGCACCGUUGGAUCCGCUGAUAAUUGUAUUGUUUUACGAAAACCUUCCUCAAGUAAUUCUGAAAUUAAUGAUUACAUAUCAGAAACUGUUCCUACAAACACUUUGGUACCUGGCGAUAUUUUGGAGAUCCCCGCCGCUGGUUGUACCAUGCAAUGCGACGCCGUUUUAUUGACAGGAAAUUGCAUUUUGAAUGAGUCUAUGUUAACAGGGGAAAGUGUUCCAGUUACAAAAACUUCGCUGCCUAAUCUCUCAAGACUGAUAUAUGAUCCUAAAGAACAUGCUAGACAUACUCUGUUUUGUGGUACUGAAGUUAUACAAACUCGAAAUUUCGGAAAUGAGAAAGUUUUGGCCGUUGUGAUCAGGACUGGAUUCUCUACAGCUAAAGGGAGCUUAGUGAGAAGUAUUUUAUACCCUCCACCUGUAGAUUUCCGUUUUGAAAAAGACUCCUACAAAUUCGUAAUAUUUUUGGCGAUCGUUGCUGGAAUCGGUUUUAUAUAUACAGUGAUUGAUAAAAUUAUAAAAGGAACUUCAGCUAGGGAUAUUAUCUUCCAAGCCUUGGACUUGAUUACUAUUGUGGUUCCACCUGCCCUUCCAGCAGCUAUGACUGUGGGCAGCUUUUACGCACAAAUUAGGUUAAAAAAGAAUCAGAUUUUUUGUAUUUCUCCAAGAAGUAUCAACGUCUCUGGUGGGAUAAACUGUGUAUGCUUUGAUAAGACUGGAACACUAACCGAAGAUGGUCUAGAUCUACUUUGCGUCGUACCAGUUUCAGAAGCUGCAUUUAAAUCACCCGUCACUACUGUCAAUACUUUGUCUUACGACACUUUCUUAUAUGGUCUAGUCUGUUGUCAUUCUUUAACGACUAUAGAAAAGAAUAUUGUAGGCGAUCCUCUUGAUUUAAAAAUGUUCCAAUCAACUGAUUGGACACUCGAUGACGGCGAUAUAGCUGACACAAACAAGUUUGAUAUCAUUUAUCCGACAGUGCUAAAACCUCCAAGAGGGCAUGGAUCAGAAGACAAUUUGGAAAUAGGUAUUUUAAGGGAAUUUCCAUUUUCAAGUAGCGCCCAACGAAUGGGCGUUAUUAUCAGAAGACUGACCGGUUCUCAUUUUGAGUAUUAUUGCAAAGGAUCGCCCGAAAAAAUCUUAGAUCUGGUUAAAAAAGAGACCGUGCCUCCAGAUUUCCAUGAUGUCCUUGAAAAAUACGCCCAUGAAGGCUAUAGGGUGAUUGCUUUAGCUCAUAAAAAGUUAAAGCUGAACUAUACCAAAGUUCAAAAAGUCCAAAGGGAGUCCAUAGAAAAAGAUCUAAACUUCUUAGGACUUUUAGUCUUCGAAAAUAGACUGAAACCUGAUACUACCUCCUGUAUUCAAGCUCUAAAUAACGCCAACAUCAGGGUUACAAUGGUUACAGGUGACAAUAUUUUGACAGCCCUUUCGGUAGCCAGGCAUUGUGAAAUCAUUUGUUCUGGUCAGAGUGUCAUAACUGUCAAUAGUGAUACUGCUCAACCGCCUAACUUGUAUUAUACCCUUACAGACGUCAAAGAACCCUCUAAAGAUUAUUCUAUACUAUCAAAUUCAGUCAGCGUAGUCAGUUUGGAUACAAUAGAAAGUCAGCUUCAGACAAUUACAGCAACUACAGUGAGGGAAAAUGUCGGGACAGGAAAUGGAGUAGCGAGACCAAUCAGUUUGUUUAAUAAUUAUCGAUUCGCCAUGACAGGAAAGACUUGGGGUGUCCUUAAGGAAUAUUAUCCAGAAUUGCUACCAAGAAUUUGUACUAGAGGAGCUGUGUUCGCAAGAAUGGCUCCAGAACAAAAACAGCAGCUUAUCCACGAGCUACAAAGCCUAGGAUAUGUCGUGGCGAUGUGCGGAGAUGGUGCAAACGACUGUGGAGCUCUCAAAGCCGCCCACACCGGCAUUUCUUUAUCAGACGCAGAAUCCAGCGUUGCCUCACCCUUCACCUCUAAAAUCCCCAACAUCAGUUGCGUACUUAACGUUAUCCGCGAAGGCAGAGCGGCUCUAGUUACUAGUUUCGGCAUUUUCAAAUACAUGGCCGGAUAUUCUCUAUGUCAAUUCGUUUCUGUGCUUAUACUAUAUUCCAUUCAAUCAAACUUGACUGAUAUGGAGUUCCUUUAUAUCGAUUUAGCGAUAAUUUCGAUUUUUGCAUUUUUCUUCGGCAAAACGGAAGCUUAUUCUGGAAAAUUACACAAACAGACACCGUUGAGUAGUUUGAUAAGUUUCUCGCCUCUGUUGUCUCUUUCUUUACAGAUGUUGUUUGUCGUGUUGUUUCAAGUAUCGGCAUUUGUGCAUCUCAAAUCAGAACCAUGGUAUGAACCCUUUAAUAUGACUGAUCCAGACGAGGUUGCUUGUGUCGAGAACUAUACCGUUUUUACCGUUUCUUCUUUUCAAUAUAUCAUUCUCGCUAUUGCAUUUUCGAAGGGUUAUCCGUAUCGCAAAUCAAUAUUUUCGAAUUUUGGGUUUAUAAUUUCAGCUAUUUUCAUGACUGCAUUUUCCGUGUAUUUAGCUGUUUAUCCUGCCAAUUUCUUGUUAGAUAGUUUUGAACUAGCUCUACCUGAAGAUAUGAAUUUUCGUCUGUAUCUCUUGGCAUAUGCCGCAGGUAAUUUUGUCGUCAGCAUAUUAGUAGAGCAUUUCUUUGUGGAGAAUUUAGUUUUUAAGAAAUUGCGUUUUAAGUACCAUAACGUUGACAAGUCUAAAAAGAAGUACCUCGCUAUAGAAAGGGAUCUGAAACGAGACGUCAAGUGGCCGGUACUUACGUCAGACUUUAAAAGCGCAGCUAGCCCACUCAACCCCAUGCCAGAAUGCCAUGCGGAGAUUGUAGUAGAAACAGACACUAAGUUCGAUAAGAAUCACGUUCUGAACAAGCUUUACGAAAGCAGUAAUGACUUAAAUUCCUGUCCAAAUUCUGCAUUUACUACUCCAAACCAUCAGUACAACACCCCCAAUCAUUACGCGCAUAGACCCUCUUUAGUCAACCACGAAACUGGAUAUUUUUCCGAAGAAAAUCUGGAUUUUUCUAGUUUUCCCACACCCUCAAGAAGUGACACGUUUAAGUCGCUCAGCAACAACCAGAGCAGCUACGAUAUGGCCAGUUCCCAGCUGAAUAUUCCCGAUAUACCCUUCGACGAUGUGGGCGUGACUGUUGUGGUCACGCCCACUUCCCCUGCCCGGGCGGUAAACGCCGAGCACGUCACGGACUUUGACCACUCCCCCGGCGUGGCGUACUCGCAGUUUAACGCGUUCGGUAUUAGCAAAAGUCCUCCAGAUGGCGGAAGCGACGAUUGUUGGCGCGUAGAAUUGAAUAAUUUGGACGUGAUCAGGUGAGAUAAGGAGUUUUUUACAUGUUUAGGCGUUUCUUUAGGGUUUAGGUGACAGUUUAAUCAUAGAUUGGUUUUAUGUGCUAGGUUUUUUUCUUAGAAAGGAAAAUCAUUCGUGAUAAUUGGCAGUUGUCCGUUUCGAUUGAGGAUAUUAAAUGUAAAUACAGACCAUCUAAUGAAAUAUUUCAGAUAACUUUUUGGGAUUAAUUAGUAUUUCAAUUGGCAUUUUGUUGGUUAGUUUGUACUUAACAUUGAAUAGUUACAGUUACUAGUUAUUGUUACAGCACAGGGAAAGUGUGAAAAAUGUAUGAGUUAUGAUCUUAUGUAAUUUGAAAGAUUUAAACACUAUCUGUGUCCAUUUAUGGUUGAUUAUUCUUCAUAUUCAUGAAGUUUUCGACAUUAUAAAUAAGUAAUUGAAAUAAAUAUGCAUGAUCAAUAAGGCUCUGAAUAUUGACAGUUUUUGUUUAUCUGUCAUUAUUCAAAGUUUGAUUGAUUCUAUAGAACUUUUUAUUAAGGAAAAAAUAGAUUAAGCAACUUCCAUUGAUGAAUUAAUCUGUACUUAUUAAGCGUCUAUUUUUCUUUCUCUUUGUAAUAGAUCUAUAGUCUCGUUAGAUGCAUUUGUGUUGAUCCAAAUGUCAUUUAUAUGUCAUUUUUAGAUCUCUGUUUCUUAAUGCGUGGUAUUAUUGCUAGUUGGAAAUAUUAUGGCUAGGUUAAUAAUUAAGAUUUAUAGAUUUUGUAACAAUUUUUAGAUAUUUAAACAUUUAGAAAGCGUGAAAAAUAUAUUUUUAGAUUAGAUAGUAGAAUAAAAUACAAUUAUUAAUAAUCUAUGCUAUGUGUGGCAAGAGAAUAUAUGAUGUUGACCUGUGACAACUGACUGUCAUACAUUCUUUUGCUAAAUAAACUAUAAUGAAAAUUUGAACUAGAGUUUCGAACAAAAAUAUGUAGGUGCACCUCUUGUUUGCUAGGGCAUAAAGUGAUUAGAAAAGUGAUUUUUAAGAUACAACAAAAUAUUUCAAAUCAUUUACGAAUAAGAAAUAAAACUUUUUAGUUUUAUUUAAAAAAGAAAAAAAACUUAAACACGGUUAUAUCCCUUACCAAGUACCAAAGAAGAGAUUAUUUUUUUUUCGUUUAAACACAUUAUGUAGCCUAGUUUAUUAUUUUUAUAGGUAUAACUUUAUUUAGGUGCUAAUACUCGUUAUUUUUUUGAGAGUGAUCCUACUAAUGACAUUUUACUUAUAUGUCUCCCCUUCUAAUUAAGUUCAUUAAUAGUAUUAAGUUUAUAAAUUUGAGUUGUUUAGACAAAGUUCCCAAUGUCCAAUAUACUCGUCAUGUUAGCCAAUGUUAGUAGAUACCGAACGAUAGAAAAAAAACGACAUCAAGUUGGAUAGGUACUAACGAAUGAUAGAUUCGACUUAUAAAAUGUUAGCGAUCUUCACUUUGACGUCGUUUUUUUUUGCUCGUACGGUAUAUUUUCCUUAGAUGUUUAGCGGGAAUCUACUUGCUGUGCAAAAAUUCCAAAAACAAUCUGCUGAAAUAUCGUAUUUAUUAGUUGUUAAGUGGUAUUGAAAACCGAAUUGUAUUACUUAAUUUUUAAUAUUUAUAUACACACCAAGGGAUUUCAGAUCUAUUAACUAACUAUCUGUGAUCACAAUAUUUGUCUUGGCCAAGUAUAUUCAGCAGACUUUUAUCCCUUGGUCUGUAGUCAUCUAUUAGCUACUUAAAAUACUUUUUAUUUUUUACAUAGUAAUUUAUUUAAUAUAUAUUAAUAUUGUUUAAAUAGGGUUAUAUUUUCUUGUAAUAAUUAAUAUCUUUUUACUAAUUUUACAUUUUUUUGCAAUAUAACGUUUUCAUGUUUUAAAUUGAUUCUUUAUUUAAAAUCAUAGAUUACAACUAUUUUAAUUAGCAUGUCAUAUUAUAGGCUCAUGCCCCUAGGGGAGGAGCCUAAGGUAAUUAGAAAUAGAGGUGAAUAUACAAAAGGAUAGAGAACGUUUUCUUAGGUUGGUUCCAAAACAGAAUUUUGUAUCGUUCUAGAAUGGUAUGUGUCGACUUGGAGAGUUCUGUUACUUUGUGGUUACUUUAUUAAAAUUAAAUGUGGAUUGGGACAGGUUUUGAGCUGAUUUUAGAAUUCAAUUCAUAACCUAAUUUUUAAUUAUUAAUAUAGGUUAGAUAUUUUCGAUAUAAAUUUUUAUU